AUGGGUGAAACUGUGCUGCCUAACGUCGAGGAGACUUCUCCCAACGUCGAUGAACCCCCUAUAUGUGGUUUAAAGAAACCGCAUGCUGCACCAACCCAACGGCCUCACCAGCCACACCCUAGCGAUGGCGAUACUGCGCCCGCACUCCACGCUCCGCACACCCUCUCCUCCGAAGAGGUUGCCGAGCAACUGCGAGUGGACGUCCACCAUGGACUCUCUCACACUGAAGCGGAAUCUCGCCUCCAGCUCCAUGGCCCUAACAAGGUUAAGGGAGCUGAAGGGCUUUCCAUGUGGAAAAUUCUGCUAAGGCAAAUCUCAAACAGUCUUACCUUCGUUCUCAUCAUUGUCAUGGCCAUAAGCUUUGGCAUUAACGACUACAUCGAAGGUGGCGUCAUCACUGCAGUCAUCCUCCUCAACAUUGUUGUCGGCUUCUGGCAGGACUACCGAGCUGAGAAGACCAUCGAGUCCCUCAAGAAGCUCACUGCCCCAGAAGCCACCGUCACCCGCAACGGCACUGCCGACAUCAAAGUCAAGGCAGUGGACCUUGUCCCUGGUGACAUUGUGCAACUGUCCGUCGGUAGCAUUGUCCCCGCCGAUAUCCGCCUCAUCGACGGUGUCAACGCAUACACCAACGAAGCAUUCCUCACUGGAGAAUCCGCGCCUGUUGAAAAGACUCCACUUAAAGUCUUCGACGAUGAUGACCUCGCCACUGGUGACCGAACCAACCUCGCCUUCUCGGGCAGUGAGGUUACCUCUGGACGCUGUCAUGGUAUCGUCGUCGCUACCGGCAUGAACACUGAGGUUGGAAAGAUUGCCACCAUGCUUCGCCAGAAGAAGGAUGCCGCCCCUGAGUCGUCCAGCCUCAUGGUCCGCAUCCUCAGGCGAUUCAUCAACGGUGGCAAGACAAUCCUCGGUCUUGUUGGAACCCCCCUCCAGAUCACGCUGAGCAAGUUUGCUCUUCUACUAUUCGGCCUCGCCAUCCUUCUUGCCAUCAUUGUCUUCUCUGCAAGCAAGUGGGAUGUUAAUAGUGAGGUCCUCAUCUAUGGUAUCUGUGUUGCCGUCGCCGUCAUCCCAGAAUCGCUCAUUGCUGUCCUUACCAUCACCAUCGCUGUCGGUGGCAAGGCCAUGGCAAAGGCCAACGUCAUCACUCGAGUCCAGUCUGCCAUUGAAGCUGUCGGAGGUGUUACCAACAUUUGCUCCGACAAGACUGGUACUCUUACCCAAGGUCGCAUGGUCGCCAAGACAGCGCUUGUCCGUGGUUCCGGAACAUUCACUGUUGAUGCAAUCACUGAUCCCCACAACCCUACUAGCGGUAACGUCGCUCUGAACAACCAGGCCAUCAACAUUGAUGACUUCAGGCCAGACGCCCACCUCAACCGCUUCUUGCGCACCAUCGCCCUGUGCAACAACUCAAAGGUUAUCCCACCGUCCGAGAUACGCAUCGAGCCUUCAAGCGACAAGAAGGUAGCUGCUUUCGACCAUGCCACGAGUGGAGAUGAACGCGACACCGACGCAUCUACCAUUGAUACCAUCUCCCGUCCACCUACUGCCAUCAUGCAGGGUGUGUCGGAGGGCAUCUGGGCAGCGCAUGGUGAGCCCACUGAAGUGGCUCUCCACAUCCUUGCUUCCCGCUUCAACAUGGGCAAAGAACAAGUCCUCGCCACCUCCAACAUCCAUCUUGCUACCGAGUUCUCCUUUGACUCCAAGGUUAAGAAGAUGAGUGUCAUCUACAAGGAUAACCACACUGGCCAUAUGGACGUCUACACCAAGGGUGCGACUGAAUUCAUGAUGCCAGCCCUUGAUGUUACCGAGCAAGAAAAGGCCGACAUCCUCGAAGCCGCUGAGAACAUGGCUAACCAAGGUCUGCGUGUUCUCUGCAUUGCCCACAAGCCUCUCCAACCUAAUGCUGACAUUUCUGAACGUGACGUUAUCGAAUCAAAGCUCAACUACCUCGGUCUCGUCGCCAUCUACGACCCCCCUCGCCUUGAGACCAGGGGUGCUGUUCGCGAAUGCAAGAUUGCCGGUAUCACUGUUCACAUGCUUACUGGUGACCACCCUGGUACUGCCAAAGCCAUUGCCAAGGAUGUGGAAAUCAUCGACGAGUAUACGCCCGACUCAGCCAUCAUGGUCGCCAAGGACUUUGAUAGGAUGACUGAUGCGGAGGUCGAUGCCAUGGAGACUCUUCCUCUUGUCAUUGCCAGAUGUAGCCCAACGACCAAGGUCAAGAUGGUUCAGGCCCUCCACCGUAGGGGUCGCUUCUGUGUCAUGACUGGUGACGGUGUCAACGAUUCGCCAGCCCUCAAGCAAGCCAACGUCGGCAUGGCUAUGGGUACUGGUUCUGACGUCGCCAAGGAUGCCGCGGAGAUGGUGCUCACCGACGACAACUUCGCCUCCAUUGUCAAGGCUGUUGAAGAAGGUCGACGUCUAUUCGACAACAUCCAGAAGUUCCUUAUGCAUCUUCUCAUCUCCAACAUUGCCCAGGUCAUCCUUCUCCUGAUCGGUCUCGCGUUCAAGGAUCGAGAAAACAACUCCGUCUUCCCGUUGUCUCCCAUUGAGAUUCUUUGGGUCAACCUCAUCACCUCGUCCUUCCUCGCCAUCGGUCUUGGUCUUGAAGAGUCUCAGGAAGACAGCAUGUUCCGCCCACCCCAUGACAACAAGAAGGGUGUCUUCUCCGCCGAGCUCAUCACCGACAAGUUCAUCUACGGUUUCUUCAUGGGUGCCCUCUGUCUCUUCUCCUUCGCUAUUGUCGCCUAUGUCGGUCCCGGCGGUGGCGACCUCGGCCACGGUUGCAACGAAGGCUACAACGACACCUGCGACGUCGCAUUCCGCGCUCGCGCAACCACUUACGCAACCAUCACCUUGCUUCUGCUCGUCACCGCAUGGGAAGUCAAGCAUUUCUCUCGCUCCCUCUUCAACAUGUACCCCAACUCCUCGCACGGCGCUCCAAAGGGUCUCUCCGUCUUCCCCACCCUCUGGCGUAACCGCUUCCUCUUCUUCGCCGUCAUGGCCGGCCUUGUCGUCGUCUUCCCUAUCGUCUACCUCCCCGUCAUCAACAAGAAGGUCUUCAAGCACUCCUCCAUCACCUGGGAGUGGGGCGUCUCGUUUGGCUGCGUCGUUAUUUACAUUACGGCUAUUGAGUCCUGGAAAGCUGUCAAGCGCCGCCUUGGUAUCUGGUCUGGUGCUCAUCGCGUCAUCAGUCGUGAGGAUGCCGAGGCUAGGGCUGGGCUUGGUGGUGCUGCUCCCGUCAUGAGGGAGAAGUAA